AUUUUUUAUGAAAACUGUGAAUAUUUGUUUAUUGUGCUUAAUAAUGUCUUAUUAUUUAUAGUUCUUAAAUUUAAAUUUUACAUAUUUUCUUAAAUAUUACAAGGGUUUGGGUUUGCCCUUAUUCCAAAUGGUGAAUACAAGACGUCAUUAUUCGACAAAUGCAAAACAAUCCAGCGUUGAAGAAAGUAGUGUAGAUCGUGGAAGUAGCGAUGUUGAUGAGCCUGCGUCAUCACCCGAAGAAGAAACAGAAUCUUGGACACCAAAAUGGGCCAAUAAUUCCACUUCUGUUCUGACGAAUCGAGUUAGAGAAUUGCGUAGUCGUUUUGUUUGUUCUUCAGAACGUACUUAUAAUCGGCAAGGUAAAACACAUUUAAGGCCCCUUCAAAGUAAACGCUUAGAUAUGGAACGUCGUCAAGAUCGUCGAGUUAUUUAUUCCAAACGGAAUAUUUUGUUGGACGAUGAUUCAGAAGAUAUACUUGAUGAUUUAGAUCCUGACACGUCUGGCUUUAAUAUUUAUUCAAGCCCUCGAAGGACUAGGCGCAGAAUUAUCAAAACAAGAAAAUGCUUAGAUCAGACGGAAGAAAUUAAUUAUUCUGGUGAAAAUAGAAGAAACACGCGUCAAGUGAAUUCGGAUAAAAUUAGUGAACCGUUCUCAAGAAGUCGAAGUGGUUUAAGGCCAUUGAAACGGGAAAGUUAUGCAGAUCCAAAUUCUCCAUUUUCGCAAGAUUUAGGAAAUAGCUACGAUGAAAAGCCUGAUAUUGAAAUUCGGCGAAGUAAACGACAGAGAAAGUUUAAAUAUAAUACGUUUAAUACUAGUUGGAUAACUGAACAUCAAAUGAUUCGUGGAUAUCCGAAAUUCAAACGUGAUUUUAUUUCGGAUCAUGAAGAUGAUUCAAAGGAUAGUAGAAUUCCAGAUGAUGGAAAAUCUGAAAAGCAUGAAAUAUUAAACGAUAUUCCAAUGCGACAAAAGAGAACAUGUAGCAAUAAUAAGAAAUACGUUUAUAAAUAUUUAUCUAGAAGUGCCACACAAGCAGACUUAAACCAAAAAUUACACCAAGAAUGUUCUCAGAUUAAUGGUUCAGGCGAACCUACUCAAAAUUCCAUUGAUAAUAGUAAAAAUAAGUCUAACUGCCAAAAUAUAGAACGACCAAUAGUAAACGGUGAAGCCAUAAAAGACGAAGAAAUAUCUCAUAAAGAAGAUGAGCCACAGAAUGAUGCGGAAGAUGAUUCCAAUAAAAUUAGUAGUAAUACAACACCUCUUAAAAGAAAUAGUAGGCUACGCCAAAGAUCGGGAAUCAGUUACAAUUUGCAAGAAAUGGAACGAAAUGAUAGUGAUAGUACAACAGAAGAAAGACAUAGCAGUCCAAAAUAUAAACUGCGCCAACGUAAACCAAAACCAAGCCAACUUAAUCAAGCAGAGGAAACCCGAGGACGUAGAAAACGUCGAGAAUUACCAAGACGAGCAAGGCGUGCGAUAAUUCGAACAAAAAAUAGUGAUUCAUCAGAUUCUAGUACAACAGAUACAGAUGACGAAAUUCAACGGUCUAAAAAGCAUAUAGCUGGUAUUACUUCAAUGCAAAAGAGGCAAUCAAACAGAAGAGCAAAUACACCACCGCUUCAUAAGAAUAAACAAAAGAAAGAUUUAACAUUAGAUCCCACAACAAUAGACAGUUCCAUUACGUUUAAAUCAAUUGGCGGUUUAGAUGAACAAUACCGUUGUUUGAGAGAAAUGGUUAUUUUACCAAUGCUUUAUCCCGAAAUUUUCCAAAAAUAUCGUACAAAUCCACCUAAAGGAGUUUUAUUUUAUGGACCACCAGGUACGGGUAAAACGCUUAUGGCUAGAGCGUUAGCUAAUGAAUGUAGCUUUGGAAAUAGAAAAGUCACAUUUUUUAUGCGAAAAGGGGCUGAUUUACUCAGUAAAUGGGUUGGACAAACAGAAAAACAGAUGACGUUGUUAUUUGAGCAGGCCGCACAAAUGGCUCCUUCAAUAAUAUUUUUUGAUGAAAUUGAUGGUUUAGCUCCGACCAGAACUGCCAGACAGGAACAAGUACAUGUGAGCGUUGUCGCUUCCUUAUUAGCUUUAAUGGAUGGUUUAGAUAAAACGCGUAAUGAAGUCACUGUAAUAGGUGCAACAAAUAGAUUAGACGCUUUAGAUCCAGCUCUACGUAGACCUGGACGUUUUGAUAGAGAAAUCUAUUUUCCUUUACCAGCUUUAGAGCAAAGAAAAGCUAUUUUAAAAAUUAUAUUAUCAGAGUGGCCUGAUGUACCUUCAGAUGAUUUAAUCGAUGAUUUAGCUGAACGAAGUGUGGGUUAUUGUGGUGCAGAUUUACGUGCAUUGUGUACCGAAGCAGUGUUAAAAUCAAUUCGACGAACGUAUCCACAAAUUUAUGAUAGUUCAUACCGUUUACUGAUCGAUCAUAAUAAAAUAAAAGUCAAUCCAAAUGAUUUUCAUGAUGCUGGAUUAUCUUUGGUCCCGGCUGGAGCACGUGGUGCACCAAUACAUACAGCUGCUUAUCCACCAACAUACUUAAUGCCUUUACUUUCAGAAUCAAUACAAACUGCCAUUAAUUUAGUUAUACAUAAUUAUCCAUCUGCCAAUAAAAUGUUACCAUCUGAAAGGUUGAGAGUUGGGCGAAAAUGUGCACGGUUAUUAGUUGCACGUAACGGAUCUCAUUUAGUAGCCAGUGCAUUAUUAAAAGAAUUUGAACAUUUACCAGUCCUAACUUUAGAUGCUAUUACAUUACAUAGUAGACUAGGUGGAACUCCAGAAGAAACUUGUAUACAGAUUUUAAAUGAAACCAGAAGAAAUUCACCAAGUAUACUGUAUUUACCAAAGUUAAAUUUAUGGUGGGAUAUGGCAAAUGAAACGGUAAAAACGUUAGUGCAAAUGAUGUAUAGUACGUAUCUAACAAAUACCUCGGCAGAAAUUAAUUCUAUUCUUUUAUUAGCAACAGUAGAUACUCCCAUCACUGAAUUACCUAAUCAGAUAUCCGAAUUAUUUAGUGAAUACCGUCAUGAAAUAUUAGAAGUAGAUAUUCCAAUUGAAAAUGAUAGAGAGAAUUUCUUCCGACCAUUAAUUGUUAACGAAUCGUUAGAAUAUAAAAUAUCACUAGAAUCAAGUACACCAGUUGUAUAUGAACCACUACCUCGUGCACCGACGCCUCCUCCACCACCUUUAUCACCAAAAUCACGACAAGUUUUAUUUGAUAAAGAAGAAGAGACUUUAAUAGAAUUACGUAUAUUCUUACGAGAUGUGUGCAAGAAGUUAGCAAGUAAUAAAGCAUUUUUUAUGUUUACAAAACCUGUUGAUUUGGAAGAAGUUCCAGAUUAUUUAGAUGUUGUAGAAAAGCCUAUGGAUUUAGAAACAAUGAUGACAAAAGUAGAUUUACAUUGUUAUUGUAGUGCUCAGGAAUUUUUAAUGGAUAUUGAUUUGAUUCAAUUAAACGCCCUUACCUAUAAUCCUGAUGUAACCCCAGCGGAUAAACAAAUACGUCAUAGAGCAUGCUGGUUUAGAGAUUAUGCUUAUGCGUUGAUAAAAGCGGAAAUGGAUACAGAUUUUGAAGAUAACUGUAGGAAAAUUUCGAAAAAUCGUAAAGUUAGACAAACUGGCGAACCUAAUGAAUUUCUACCUCAUCAUAUACGUGCUUUAGCGGAAGAAUCGUCUAUAGAUACUUCACAAGAUAACAAAUCAAAAAUUUUGUUAGAUCAAUCGGGUGAUCAAACAGAUCAAAUAAAUGAGAAUAAUGAUGGUGUUAAUAAACCGUUAAGUAUUUCCAUACCAGAAAAUGAUAAAAUUGACAAUAGUAGUAAUAAAAAUAAUACAUUAAAAAUAUGCUCACAACGAACUAGUCCACAUCCACAAAGAAAGAGACGAGUACCACCAUGGGCACGUGGUUUCUUAACUGGUAAUAAAAAACGAAGAAAAAUAUAUAAUAAUCGUUCUAAUGUUAAUCCAGUUGUAGAAACUGUUGAUCAAAAAAUGGAUUUAAUUGAUAAGAUUGAUAGUGAUGCACCAUUAGAAAAUAGUUCCGAACAUAAAGAAAAUCAGCCUAAUUUAACAUCACCCAAUCAAAUAAGACGAGAUAGUACGAGUAAUAUAAAUCCUGUAAAAAUAGAACAUCAUACUGUCACUAUUAAUAAACAAGAAUUAAAUAAAAUAUUAUCUCGCACUGUUCGGUUGACUGAAGGAUGUUCAAUUGAAAUUUUAAGUGAUUUAUAUAUGCAAUUAGAAAAUCGAAUCAAGAAAUAUUCUUCUAUGACUAAUCGACAACAAUUAGUACAAGAUCUAAAUGAGGAAUUAGAUCGAUUUGAAAAGCAUUAUUAUUAAUAUCUUAACCAUUUAAGCAUUAAUUUUUAUUUUGUAACCAUUUAUAAUAAUAAUAGUAUUAUUUAUAUCAUUGUUCAGCGA